CUGCUGCGGAAGGAGGAGCCCGGGCCCGAGGCCCUGGACGCCCUGCGCAGGCUCUUCCUCAUCGUCUCGGCCACCAAGUACGACAGGAAGUGAGUGGUCACCUGGGGGUGCCCGCCGGGGGCGCAGACCUUGGCACUGCCUGCGCGCCCCCAGCCGCUGCAGCUGCUCUGCGCCGCCAUCCUGAGGGAGAUGUCGCCCUGCCUCAGCCUGAGCCUGUCCUGCGACCACGUCCAGAGCCCGCGGCAGCUGAGCCUGGUGGCCUCUGUGCUCCUGGCCCAGGGCGACAGAAAGCAGGUCAGAAACGUGGGCCAGCGCAUCUUCAAAGUCCUUGAGAGCCGGCAGCCCGAGGGGCCGAGUCCGAGGCCCCUGCUCCCAGUCGUGUCCAAGGUCGCCAGCCUGGCCCCCGGCACCGUCCAUGAAGACCAGGCCAACCUGCUCAACAAGAGGCUGGUGGACUGGCUGCGCUACGCCAGCGUCCCGCAGGGGCUCCCCCACUCCUCUGGGGGCUUCUUCACGCCCCGGGCCCGGCAGCCGGGUCCUGUCACUGAGGUCGAUGGGGCUGUGGCCACGGACUUCUUCACGGUGCUGUCCACGGCCCAGCGCUUCACCGAGGACCAGUGGCUGAACGUGCAGGCCUUCUCCAUGCUGCGGGCCUGGCUGCAGCUCAGCGGCCCCGGGGGCCCGGGCGCCCCGGACACAGGUGGGACCUGGCAGAGAGCAGUGAGUGCCCACGGCGGGGGGCGGGGGGGCUCCCCUCCUCGGGGCUCCCCGCUCCCUCUGACGGUGGCCUGGUGCCUGCAGUGCCUGGUGGAGGCCGUGCUGGUGCUGGACGUACUCUGCAGGCAGGACCCCUCCUUCCUGUACCGCACCCUCUCCUGCCUGAAGGCGCUGCAGGCGCGGCUGUGCGGGGACCCCACCUGCGUGCGGGUGCUGCUGCCCCUCGCCCAGUUCUUCCUCAGCCACGGUGAGCUGGGGGUCGGCUGCCCAGCUCACGGGAGAAAGUGCAGGUCAGGCCCUGGCCGUCAGCCUGUGGACCAAAGGGUCCCAGGUUUGAUUCGGGUCAAGGGCACGUACGUUGGUUGUGGGUUCCUCCGGUUGUCACCCGCUGUGUCCGAGAGGCCGCUCUGGGACGCCUCCCUGAGGACCACCAGCUGCCCGGACACCUCCCAGGACCCGCAGCUCCAGGGCCUCCUCCAGCACCUGCUGCGCGCCGAGGCCAGCGGGGCCCCCGAGAGGCUGGCGCCACUCUACCUGCUGCUGCAGCCCAUGGCCGGUGAGGCGGUGCCCACCCUGCUGCAGGCCUUCUUCUCGGCGGUGACCCAGGUCGCUGAUGGGGCCCUGACCAACCAGCUGGCACGGCUGCUCCUGGAGAGAAGUGACUCGCUUUACCAGGUGCCAGGCUACGAGGCCCGCGUGCACCAGUCACGGCCACCCCCGGCCCAGCCUCGACCCCCGCAGCUCGUCACUGCGCUGAUGGCCACGCUGACCAAGCUGGCCUCCCGCAGCCAAGACCUGAUCCCCAGAGCCUUCUGUAAAGACUUUAAGACACUUCAGGGAAUAGUGGUUGCUGCUGAGGAUGGUGUGUGA